AUGAUUCUGGGGAAAGGUAAGUUGAAUGAAGCCAAGGAAAUAAAGAGAAUAUUACACUCUUAUGGGCUGGCAUCCGAGGAAAAGGUCAAUGGGGAAAAAUCUGAAAUAUUCAUUUUUAACAUGAUAGCACAGGAAGAAUCUAGAAUUGCAUCAUUUUUAGGUUACAUAAUUGGUCAAUUACCAUUUACAUAUCUAGGGAUGCCUUUGGACAAAGGCAUCGAGACUAAUAAACUCUACGAUCCCUUGAAUGAGAAGGUUAGGAAAAGGCUAUCUUCCUGGAAAGGCUUAUGGCUGACUGGGGCAGAAAGAUUAACACUUAUUAAGACAGUCUUGGCGGCGAUGCCCAUCUACCUACUUUCAUGUAUCCCACUUUCGAAAGGAGCCCAUAAGAAAUUGACUCAAGCAAUCAGAAUUUUCUAUUGGCAAGGCACAGAGGACAGGAACAAACUUAAAUUGAUAGCAUGGGACAAAAUAUGUCGAGAGAGAUGUGAUGGGGGUACAGGGAUUAGGAAAAAUCUUUGGAAAAAUAAAGCCUUAAGGGCAAAACUGGUAUGGAGAUUAUACACCUCCUCAAAAGCCGAGUGGGCCAGAAUCCUUAAGAACAAGUAUCUUACAAGUAAUCAUAGGGAGGCAGUAUUCAGGGAUAUGAAACCACCCAAGGGUUCGAGAAUUUGGAAUUUCAUAAAGGAAUGUCGCACACUCAUAUCCAACUUCUUGUCUCGAAACAUUUGUGAUGGCAAAUCUGCUUUGUUCUGGGAAGUCUCAUGGGGGGACAUCCUCCGAUAG